AUGGAGACGCCAACCUCGUCGUCUUUCCCCGGGAGUCGCCUCAAUACCUACCUCCAGCUUCUCACGAAGGUCAAAAAGGGAUUGCCCUAUGGCCAACCCAUCUGCGUGUCACCUUCCCACACCAUCAACACCUCGGACGCCCUCCUCGAACUUGCAUCUUUGGUCGGCCCGCACAUUGCAAUCCUACAGGUCCAUGCGGACAUAAUUAAUGAUUGGUCCGAGGAAACCGUUCGUCAAUUGAUCUCCAUAGCCAACAGACACGCAUUUUUGAUAUGGGAAUGUGGUCGAAUCCUAAAUGCGACCGUUGAUAUCAUUGGGAGGCAGAAGGCUGAAACGAGAGAAGUGAGAAAGGAAUUGGUGGAUUUGAUUCGGAAAAAUUACUCGAAAGGCUUGGUCAGGCCGGCGGCUUGGGCAGGGCUCGCAACGGCGUGGCCCUCGGGGGUUCCUGUGAACAAUCAGGAGGCCGAUAUUCUGAUCCCGACCCUCAGGAAUGCUGCCCGAGAAGCGGUCGCCGAAACCGUCAAGACCAUCCGAACCGAAAUCACGACCGAACGUCCAUUGACCGGACAAGAGUCAACAACCGUGGAGAUCGAUACUGGCUCAACACACCUCGCCUCCGAUUAUGUGGUGGAUGAAAAUAAUUCGGAUCUUCCUCAUCGAAAGCCAUCUACCAUCUCCUUGACCCAGACGAUCACUCAACACACCGAGGACGUACCGGGAAAUCAUCAUGACACUUCAAGCUAUGAGCGGUCAUACGAUAACCAGAAGGACACGGAGUCAUUGACGAUAUCUUCCACGGGUGAAGACCUCCCCGCCCCACCUCUUUACUCCCGAGGUCUUAUUUUGUGUCUUCCUUCUGCGGUCGACACCUCAUUCACAGCCGAUUAUAGGCGGAGCUGCAUAGCUGCCGCCGACGCCAACCAAGAUUUUGUGCUAGGCUUCGUUUGCAGUGAACCGUGGCAAAUCACGUCCCAAAAGGAGGAGAUAUUCGACGACAUCUCACUAGAAGAUGAUGAGGAUCAACUAUCGGAUGAAGAUGAUAUGCCGUGUCUCACCCUAUUCGCAACAAUAUCCCAUCAACUUGGCGUUAUGAAUGGCAAACAUGUCGAAGAUCUGUACGAUGAGGAGGACGAGGAGACGAUUGCGUAUGCACCCGUGGCAUCGCCCUCGCAACUGGAGCCUGCGAGCUCGGUGGCCAAAAGGCUCUUCUAUAUCGUUAGAGAAGCGUUGAAAUCUCGAGCACUGUCAUCAGGGAAAAACACGACAAAUGCAUACACGAGCACAAAGGUGAUGAGAGGACGCAAGGUUCUACAUCUGCCUAUUAUCGCGCUACCAUGA